AUGAGCCUCCCUUCAAACAUCGAGCGAAGCUCGACACCCACAUCCUCAAGGAGCCACGACUCCAACUCCGACUUUGACUCCUUCGAGUCGCCCGACACAGCCAUGCCGCCCUUCGUCCCGGGCCAGUGCCUCUUCUGCCCCGCCACCUCGCCCAGCUUCGCCGAGAGCGCAACGCACAUGCAGAAAUCCCACGGCCUCUUCGUCCCGAGCCAGGAGCGCCUCGCCGUCGAGCCCGAGACCCUCUUCAAGUACCUGCACCUAGUCAUCUUCGGGUACCGCGAGUGCAUCUGCUGCGGCACGCAGCGCGCCACCGUCCAGGCCGUGCAGCAGCACAUGACGGGCAAGGGCCACUGCCGGUUCGACAUCGCCGCGGAGGACUCGGAGUAUGCCGAGUUUUACGACUUUUCCGAGCCCGAGGGCGACGAGGAGGACGAGGACGAGGACGAGAAAGGGAGCGAUGCGGAGGACGGCGAGGAGAAGAGGAGGAAACCGCAGCAGGUCGACCAGGACUCGAUCAGGUUACCCUCGGGCAAGAUCAUCUCGCGGCAGCCGUCAGCACAAGCGGCGCCCUCGCAAACGAGGGAGCGCAGGCGUGCAGCGCGCAACGCCGCCGCCGCGGCGCAAAUAGAGUACCAGGGAGAGCCUGACGCCGCCAAGGACGCUUCGGACAAGGAAGGCUCCGACUCGGACGUGCUCCCCCAGACACAGGUCCUGUCCCGGAAGGAGAAGCGUGAGAGGGCCGUCGUCUCGCGCCAGCUGGCCAACAUGCGCGCCCACGACCGGAGCAGCCUCAUGCACCUGCCCACGUCGCAGCAGCUGUCCAUCCUAGCCACGCAGCACAGGCACAUGAUCAAGGUGCAGAAGGAGGAGAGGAGGCGGCAGGCCAAGAUCGACCGCAAGGGCAAUAAGAACCUGUACGCGUAUUGGAACACCGAGACGCCGGUCUACCAGUGCGGUUAG